AUUUUCUGGUAUCUGUUUCUGGUUUUGUCUCUGGUUUUUCCCUUUUCACUGAAGCACCCCAGACUUAUUACAUUUUACACUUGAGACAUUUCCACUUCAUAAACAACAACAUGUUGCAGGUUCACCUCCUCAUACAUGUUCUAAGAUCAUUAUCCAAGAGAGACGGACACAAAAUGUGCAAAAUUAACAAGCUGGCACAGUUUAAAUAAGGCCCUGCUUAUCUUCAAAUAUUCAUCAAAUUAAAUGAACUAAAUCUGAUAAGCAAAGCAGAAAACCAGGUGGAUUUCUGUCAGUUGUUUAUACGUAUGUAUAUGUAUGUUUGCAUGUAAGUGUACUUUCACUUACUGUGAAGGUAGUGAAGUAGUAGUAGUAUCUUUUUACAGAAACGGUUUUCCUGCCAGUGUUUUACGAUUAUAUAUGACAUUUUUUGAUUAAUAUUACUUCUUUAAUGUGUAUGUUGCAUUUGAUGUUUACAUGUAUGCUCAUUUUAACUGCUUUAUAUUCUGUUGGGUAGUUUGAUAUACAGCAAUGCCUCUUAUUCUUUAAGAUGAUCAUAUGUGUGUAGUAUUGCUGUCCUAUGAGAACCAUGUAUCUCCAAUCAGUCAACUUUUCUUGAGCUCAGAAAAACAGCCAUGUUUACUACUUUGUGACAAUUCAUGUUCCUGUUAAUCCAAGAGGCUUUUUAAAUAGUUUAUUUAGCAUAAGAAGUAGGAUAAUUUUCUCAACCCAUAAAGAAAUUUGGAGAUACAUGAUUUUCACUGGACAGGGAGGGCAUGAAAAUUUGAUUUGAGCAUCUCUGUUGGUGAGAGGUUAUUUCUUCAUAUUCUUGUGGGUUACAUAUCCGCAAGACUAAUUUUAAUCACUGGAGAGUUGCUGACUCGACUUGCCCUCCAUGGUAAUGAUAAUUAUUUUGGAAAUUUUCAUUUUUCAUUGAGGAAGUACUGUAUAUCCGAGAGGAUUAUCGGUUCCUCUUUUUUUAGAGGUCUGGGAAACAAGAAGGGAAGUUGCUGUAGAAGACAAAUGAGAAUAAAUAGGCUGAACGUCCAGUAGCCAACAGUUCUUGCAACAAGUGCUCAACAUUUACAGCUAAGCUAGUGGAUUUUGCUGUCGGGCUUUCUGCCUACCAUGACACUGAAUCAGAGGCUGACUCUGCUCCUGCUUUUGGGACUCACUGUCACUUCAGCGGCCACUUCUUGCAUUUUUAGUGAGGAUGGGGCUGGUCGUUGUGUGUGCAACAGUAUGGGUAUCCUCAACCCAGAAAAUUUGAUGUGUCUCCAGGCUUCGGAGCUGGAGCUGAGAGAUGGCACUCUGGAUGUAUCUGAGAUGGCUGUCUCUGGUCUCACUCUUGGUUUUCAGAUGAUCCAGAUAAAUAAACUAAUUUUCAACAAUGUCACCAUCUCCUUUUCAUUCAUCAGUGUAGUGAUCAGUUUUCUGCCAAGGAAUUUGAACGAAAUUCACAUAAUUUCCUCCACUCUGGAAGUUGUCCAGCAUUUACAGCCUCCAUUGUUACAGGAAGCAUCUAGAAUUAAAACCCUCUACCUUGAAGACACAACAGUGGACCCCUCUCUCCUACAGCCCUCCUUUCAGGCCCUUCACCGCUGGUUGUUUGGCCCCCUGAAAUCUCUUGGCCUUGUUCGUUCUGGACUAGUUGAGACCGACUGCAUUUGGGCUCAAAGAGUAGAAAACCUGACUCAUCUAGAUCUGUCAGAGAACCCCAUCUCUUACACUAGUCUACAGAAUAUCUCUCAUUGCGCCUCUCUUUCAUUCAAGUACCUGAAAUCCCUUCAUCUGAGGCACAGCAACCUCACCUCCCUCCAGUCUCUCUGCACGCUCCUGAGUCUCACCCCCACCCUCACUCAGCUUGAUGUCAGCAGGAACAAUUUCUCCAUCCUCCACUAUCCACAGUGCUUCCAGGUGAAGCCGCUCACAAUGCUCAAUCUCUCCCACUCAGGAAUCACAGAGGUUAACGAGUUAACCUCUGCAUCUCUGGAAGAACUGGAUCUAAGUUAUAAUUCUCUGGAGGUAUUCCAUGACCCACCACAGACCCUGAAGAAGCUGUUUUUGUCUAAUAACCGCCUCAUACGUCUCCCCUCUCUGGAUAACCUAUCUCAUCUUCAGGUGCUAAAGGUGGACAAUAACCGGCUUACCGUCUUGAUAACAGAGACAGAUGUCAGUUUGAGCACACUGGAACAGCUUGAUACUCUGCACGCAGGGAGGAACCCAUAUCAGUGUGACUGUGCCCUAGAAGAGACCAUCACCUUCCUGGACAGCGCAGACAGUGUGUCUGUGGAGGACUACCCUGAAGACUUUCUGUGUGCUACACCACUGGCCCAGCAAGGGACUCAGAUAAUGAAUUAUUUUCCUGAAUCAUGUGUGAAGCCGACCAGUGGAACCCAACAUCAUGGCUCUCCUCUCUGGUUCAACCUCUUUGUAGGUUUAUUGUCAUGUCUGAUUUAUUUUUGUUGAUGUUUCCAGCAGAUCGGAUUCUUGUUUGGGUACCACUUUCUAAUCCACCCUUUAUAAAGGGUUUAACUAAUGGAUUUAUUAAGUUAAUAAAUUAGUUACUAAACCUUGUAUCAGUUAUCAGCUAUUGUUAAUAACAACUUUUUGCCAGGUUGUGAAAAUCCCUUUGACUGAUAGGAUUGCAUUCGGCAUUACUUUUCCAGAGGGCUGCAGAGGAUCUGGACCAAAAUCAAUUUGUUGACAAUUAAUUUGACAUUUAUUAAUGGAUUACCAACAUGUAUAACUGCACUAAAUGAAAUAGAAAUGAUAAACAAGAUCACAAGGUAGAUUUAUUUAUCAUUUUACAGCACAGGGUUAACUAGACUAAGCUGUAGUUCCCUUUUAUGGUACAAGUCUCACAGACUGACGGAAUAGGCUGCUCUGAUGUCCGGUGAUAUGGAAGCAGGCAAAAUGAUUUUCACAACCUGGCAUCUCAAAUGUGCUUUUAUAAAUCUGAUCCCUAAAGCCUUAUAAAUGAUCAAACCAGUAACUGUUAAUUGAUAUUAAUUUUAUAUAAUAUAAUAAUAAUAAAGUCAUUAGUUACAACUUACAACCCCCUUUUAAUGGAUGCCUUAUUAGAAGCUGGUUCCCUUGUGGGUAAUAAAAUGUAAAAUAGAGAACAAAUCAGUUCUAAUAACACUGUCACAGUUUCUUUUUGUUUAUUGUUUUUUUUUUUAUCUCACCAUUGAUUAAUAUUGCAGAAUCUUUGUAUAUCUAUAUGAUUUAAAGUGAAUGAUCAAAUGAAACUUACUUUUCACUAUACUAUACUUGUUAGUAAUAUGAUUUCACUCUGAUCUCUUUGUUAUAUAAUCCAAAAGAACAUAAUAAAAAUGUAUAAGUGCUCAUCGACAA